GUUUAUUCAAACAAACAACCAGACGUCACACAACAAUGGCGGCAAGCACAACAGUGACAGUUCUGACUCCCAAUGGAAGAAGACAAACCGUAAAAAUAUCGCCAAACACACCUUUGCUACAGGUCCUCGAAGACGUCUGCAAGAAACAUGGAAUUAAUCCUGACGACCACGGUUUAAAAUUUCAGAGGAAUGUUCUGGACCUGUCGCUCCAGUGGAGGUUUGCCAGCGUGCCAAACAAUGCCAAGCUGGAGGUGGUGACCAGCACCCGGAAACAGACCGGGACCGACAGCCCGGUGCGUAUUGCCCUGCAGAUGGAAGAUGGUACCAGACUCCAGGGUUCUUUCUCCAGUGGACAGACACUAUGGGAGCUGCUCACACACUUUCCCCAGACCAGAGCGUCUGAGUUGUCUGAAUCAGGUUCCACUCCUGUCUGUGUUUACAUGAGAGAUGAGGUGAGUGGUGAGGCAGCUCUAAAGAAGGCCAGUCUGAAGUCUCUGGGACUCACAGGAGGAAGUGCCAUAGUCAGGUUUUUACUGAAGAAGACCAAAUCGCCAGGCAACGGAGACGAUGACGGCAUGGAGGCGGCUUCCACGGCGACAGAUCCCGUCACCAAGGAAACCAAGCCCCGCCCUUUACCCCCCGUCGGACUGCCUCCCUCACAACCAGAACGUGCAGCGCUGCCUUCAAUCAAAAAGGAGAGCCCUGACAGGCCGGUUGAGACGGCGGAUGCCCCAGUCCCCGUCCCCUCGGCCACUGGCAGCACGCUUCCUGGCAAACAGGAAGCGGAAGUGGUUCCAAACUCCCAAAUUGCGGUGCGGCCUAAAAGCAGUACCUUCGGGGGAGUGAAGAGGGAGGAAGAGGGGGAUGGAGAGAGGGCAGGACCAUCUGGUCUGUGCUCCGUCCAUCCGUCCUCCUCUUCUCCUCCCUCCGCUCCCUUCAUCCCUUUCUCUGGAGGGGGUCAGAGGCUGGGGGGGCCGGGGGCGAGCGGUGUAGGAGCAUCAUCACUACCAUCAAUGGUUGGCGGGCCGCCCAAAGCCAAGAAAUCUAAACCCAACAGCGCCAAGCGCCAAGCCAGUGCCAAACAGGAUGACUGGGCCGUGGUGGAGGAGGUUCUGCAGCCGGUGGACAGGGAACCCCUGAUCUACCACAUGGACUCUGGGGUGCGUCGCUACGGCAACGAACAGGACUUGCCAGACGAGUUCUUUGAGGUGACUGUGGACGACAUCCGCAAACGCUUCGCUCAUCUGAAGAGUGAGAGGAGGGUACUAGAGGAGGCUCCUCUGAUGACCAAAGCUCUGAGAGAAUCUCAGAUGAAGGAUAAGAUGGACAGAUACCCCCGAGUAGUUCUGAGGGUCCAGUUCCCUGACAGACGUGUUCUACAGGGAUUCUUCAGACCUCUAGAGACAGUUGCUGCUCUGAGGCACUUUGUGAAGAUCCACCUGCAGGACCCCCAACUACCCUUCUACCUGU